CAACCCGUAGUGAGCGGCUUCCUGGGGUAUGAAGUCUGCACGCUCUCGCUCAAUAGCGGCCCUGCGUAUUCGAUAUAUAGGUAAGCCCACCCACCAUUCUCCAGAUGCUAUGUGCUCAUAGACCUAUUGCAGUUUGAUGAUGGGCGCGCGGGCUGCGUCGCUGUUGUCGGACGGCAUGGUGUUGGUGCUCACAGCUGUGAAGACGUUCUGGAUCAAGAAGCACACGUCGAUCUCGAGGGGAACGAUCAUCACAGAUAUCAUGCUCAGAGACACGCUGCUAUACUUCGCUUUGCUCUGUGUCGUCAAUGUCAUCGGUCUGGUCACCGGGCACUUGACGACUGACAUCGCCGGCGUUCUGUGUACAUGCGAGUUCAUCGAGGUCUGGCAGCUAUGGUCAUGCAUCCUGAACUCGGUGCUGCUGUCGCGUUUGACGUUGGAUCUGAGGGGCGCGGCUCCGGGGUUGGAUUCGUCGAUGUCGACCGCUACGCGGAGUGGCUCCGUGCGGCCGGACGGAGAGACGCAGGAGUCGGAGGCCAUCGAGUUGGACACGGAGGUGUCGGCGAUGUGGAUGGGUUCCCGCUCUGCUACGGGUGUCGGUGGCUCGGAGACUGCAGACGCGCCUCAAAAUGCGGGGAGCCCGUAACUCAGACUGCCAGGUCCUCCGGGCUCCUUCUCUCGCGCACGAGCUGCCCAACCUGUACAGAGACAAGGGUUCGUUGUCCAAGCUCAAGCUCUGGAAGGGAAGUCAACGGACGGGCGCUCAUUUCCUUCCGACAAUGAUUUCCUUUUACGGCAAUCUCCUUUCCUUUCCUGUCAAGCGAACGCUUUCAUGAUCAACCAUCACGCUACUUCUCGUCUAUGACGCUUCUCCCGGAUGUCUCUUACCCGCCACGGGUCAUAGUUCGACUCCGAAUGUCUGCCCUUCCCCGCUGUCUCUGCUACUGCUUAUCAUGACUCUCGCUGUCUCUCGCUUGUGCUCCAGUACAUGC